AUGGCGAACUAUCACAAUGGCAACCCGCCUUACGGCCAGUCGGGAAACCAGCCGCACUAUGAUGCCUACACCCCUCCGUCGACCGACCCGCCGCUUCGACGUAUGCCCAGCUACAGUGCGGGGGACGACUCCAGUCUCUUCGCUCCCCAAUCCAGCCAGUCGAGAGUUGCGGAGAGCCACCGCUAUCCGAAUCGUGCGAGCGUGGGCGAGUAUUCAGGGUCGUUUGGCCAGCGCGAUAACUACGCCGAUCCCAGAUAUGCCCAUCUUCCCUCGGCAGCUUCGCCGCGGGCCCGCGCCCAGUCCCAGUCGAGCUAUCAAUACCAGUACGGCUCACUAGGACCGAUGUCGCCUACACAGCCCUCGUACAAUCCCCAGCAGUAUGCCGCGCCCCCGACGACGUCACAACAGCAUACCGGGUACAGCCCGUUGUCGUAUACCUCAUCGAAUUCGUACGGCAACGGUAACAACAAUAUAUCGCCCACUCAUCAGCCGUACAACCCGGCCGCUUACCAAGCGGCCAGUCUUGGAAAUCUUGGGUCUCCCACAAUCCAGCGCCAGUCGAGCAUGCUUUUCGCUCAAACGCCGCUCUCUCCCAACCCGUAUGGAUCGCCGCACUCUUCCUUACCUCCGCCGCCUCCACCCCGUGGCCCUGACCAUCCCUACGGCGGGCGACCCUCAGUGGCAUAUCCCAGCACAUCACCUGGAGCUCAGUAUGGAUUUUCACAACACUCAUCCACCGCUUCGACCUAUAGUCUUGCCUCUCCCACCACGCCGGGCACAGCCUACGCGUCCGGCAGCGGAUCUCUGUCCAGCAUGACAUCGUUCAACUCGCGGCCGUACGGCGGAGUUCCGAUUCCAUCGCACAUCUCCCAUCCGUCUCGCCUUUCCGAUCCUAGCCGGACGCCGUCCGUAGACGAGGAGCCGCCUGAGCCUCCAGCGCACCUUUCUUCGGGCGAUACUUACGACAAGUCAUAUGGUGAGGUGCGCAUACCAGCGCGAUCCCUUCCGACGCCGCCGGUACACCAGCCCCAGUCGCCGCUGUCGCCCCAAAGAACGGACACACUGACGCGACAUCCCCAGGCGCGGCCGCUUCCCGGGCCCCCAGUGGAGACUGAAUAUGGGCAUAUGAACGGCACAGCACAGCCCGCUGACCAUACCCCUGGUUAUGAUGACUUGGUCCGAGAAGUCGACGCCGCUAUCCCAGACAAACAAUGGGCCUCUUACCAGAUUGAUAGGCCACUCCAUAUUGACGGGCAUUCCCAGGAUUCUGUUGACCGGCUGAACUUACCGGACUCGCGCCAGCCGUCUUCAGAUUCGGUUAUCGCCCAUCUUUCCCCUGAUGAGAGACACACACAUACAAACGGAAGUAUGGCCACAGGCACCUGGCAGUAUGUGAACUACGAUGCCUACAGCGAUGAGAGCGAAGCUGAAGCCGAGGCGGGGCUGGCAAUGCUGCGGAUGGCCGAUGAGGAGGAGCGGGCCCAGGCCGAGCGGUUGCAGGAGCGGGAGCGUCGGGAAACGAAUGCCUCGACGACCAGUUCGCUUGCAAAACGCCCGUCAGUUACGGCUGCAUCGCCGAUCCAAGCCACCCGUGCAGAUUGGUAUCCCACCCAUAGUGGAAAUAAUUCGCUAGGACAUUCUCCGUACGAUGAUACUGCUCUAGGCGCACCCCCGUACGGCAAUGAAGCCGACUAUUCUGGCCAUCAUCAGGUUGCGACUUCGGGCUCCCGGCACAGCUCCAAUGCUUCACGCGAGGAUCGGGCGGAGUACUCCGAUGAAUAUGACUAUCCCCCCAUUGAAGACGAUUACGCGUUUCAUCCGUUCCCUCAGCUGCCUUCAACCGCACGAGUUGACGCCGGAGGCACAGGCGGUCUAUCGGAGCCCAGCGCAUAUAACCGCCGGAUGAGUUUUGAUUAUGGUGAGGAAACCGAUGGCUCCUUACCGCAUCGCAGGCAAUCGCACCACUCAGGAAGUGAAGGUUCUUUUGAAGAACCUGGGGAUCUGUUCUUCCAUCCUGGAAUGCGACCACUUCCUCCACCUCCGGAGGAGCCUGCGGAUAACGCGAAACUACUACCGCACCUGCUGCCAGCCGGCACAUACCGACAAUUGGAGCCGGACUAUUCAUCCCCAUAUGUUCCGGCUCCUUCUCCAGAUGUGUACGCAACGGCCGCACCCAGCCCUACCCAAUUCUCGCGGUCUACAUCUUUGACGAGUCAUCCCAUUGCGCCUCGUGCUGACCCUCCUAUCAGAUCCAAGACCGAUGCAGAUAAGUUAAAAUACAAGCAGCAACAGGAGAUGCUGCUGCGGCAGGGAGCCCUGAAGCUUGAUUCACCUAUGGAUGCUGGGGCCGCUGCAAUUCCCCUCGAUCUACCUGUAAUCCCCGCCGGUCGCCGCAAGAAGUUCCAUCCGUCGAAACUGUCAUCCGAGGAUUUCCGACGUUGCGCUGAACCAUGGGCGCUCAGCGCUGUUCUAACCUGGAUCCGGGAUCUAUCUGAAGAGGAGAAUGACCUGAAAACCCACGCCGUAGUCGAUGCUAUCGUCGCCUUGUUUACUCACAAAGUUCCGACGAUGAAUAUUGCCGAUGCUGAGACCCUUGCGGCGCGAGUCGUGGAGAACAUGUUUGACCAAGGAGCUCUCAUUAAGGACGAGGAAUGGGUCAAGUUCGGCAAUGGACAGAUUUCUGGUGUACUGUUUCAGAUUACGGGCACCGGCUGCUACUCGCCUGUGUUACAUGAGCAAGAGACGGAUGCCGAAGUUGUUGGACGCUGCUACUCGCAUCACUGCAUGCGGACGCUAAGGAAGGUGAAUCUUAGGGCGCAGGACAUGGAGCCGCAGAAGAAGGCGGAGGAUUGGGUGACAUUCUACAAAGUUUCAAAAGAAGUAUUGGAAAAGCACCCUAAGAAAGAGAUCGACCGGCAGAACAAUCUGCACGAGAUUGUCACUACCGAAGAUUCUUUCAUCAGCCAGCUUGAUGUUUUGCGAGAGCUCUAUCGCGAUCGACUGGCAAAUUCUGAACCCUCCAUCAUCCCGCCGAAACGCGCAAGCAAGUUCCUCAAUGACGUCUUCGGAAAGGUAGACGCGGUUAAAAGAGUCAAUGAGGAAUACCUCCUGGCACAGUUGAAGUAUCGACAGAAAGAACAAGGCCCCUUCAUCGUCGGGUUCAGUGACAUCUUUCGAGAAUGGAUCCGCAAGGCAAAGGCCGUGUAUACCAGUUAUGCGGAGACCUUCCCUUACGCUAACUAUCUUAUUCGCAAAGAGGCGGAGAGAAAUGUUCUUUUCCGGCAGUUUCUCAGCGCAGCCCGAGAUCACAAGAUGUCUAAUCGUCUUAGCUGGGACACAUACCUGAAAGCCCCUAUCACUCGUAUUCAGCGGUAUACUCUGCUCUUGUCGACAGUUCACCGCAAUAUGCCAAAGGAUUCGGAGGAAAAGACCAAUCUGGCCCAGGCCAUUGAAGAAAUCAAGGUCGUCGCCUUGGAGUGCGACAAUAAGGUCGGCGAAAUGAGCAAAAAGGUCGACUUGAGGGAGCUGGCCUCUAAACUGCAACUCCGGCCAGACAUGAGAAAGCGCGUGGAACUCAACCUGGACUUUCUGGGUAGAGAGGUUAUUUUCCGCGGAGACUUGCAGCGCCCAGGCUCCCGAACACGGUUCUUGGUUGAUACGCAUGCCAUCCUCUUUGAUCAUUUCCUCGUGCUGGCUAAGCUAUCUGUUACUAGAGAUCCAGCAAAGCCGAUCAAAUAUGAGGUCUAUGAUGUAUCGAAAAUGCCUAUUCCGAUGGAUCUUUUGGUACUUGAAAGCACCCAAGAAGAUCCCGUUGUGAAGUCAGCGGUCAGAGGAGUGGUUGCCGCGGGCCAGACCCCCCAACCUGGUGUUGUUGCACACUCCAAUGCGGACAAGGCUCUAGUUCCUACGACGGUUCUUGAGAGCUCGAAAGACGACAAAGUUCUGUAUCCUUUCAAAGUCAAGCACCUUGGCAUGAAUGAAACGUACAUUUUAUACGCUCCUUCGGCGCAAAAUCGAAAGGACUGGUGUGAUAGGAUCAUUGAGGCGAAGACCAAGCAUGCCGCUUCACUAUAUGCUCAGAAUGCAGAGCCAUUCCGUCUUCGUGUCCUGGCGGAUACUGCCUUUGCCAGCAACGACAGUUCUCCUCCAACUCACACUGCAAUCAUUAAGGGCACACCUCUCCACCGCGCAGUUAAAGACGUUGAAAAGCAGUACCCCGCUUCGGCUCGACCGAACCCGAUUUGCCGGGCGGCGGUUCAUUGCGCUACCGUUUUCGAGCAACCUCCUGGGCGUAAAAUGUGUGCUAUUGGGACUGAUUACGGGGUGUAUAUCUCGGAGUACAAUGAUCCCAGGGGCUGGUCGAGGUCAAUUGCUAUGGCCCGAGUAACGCAGAUCGCGGUCUUUGAAGAGUUCAACCUUUUCCUCUUGAUUGCCGACAAGUCCCUGAUUGCCUAUCAUCUCGACGUUGUCUGCCCUGCUAGCGGCGUGCCGACUGGCGCCGCCAACGACUCCACCCGGCGAGCACCGCAGAAGCUCUCUGGAAAUCGAGAAGUGGGCUUCUUUGCCGCAGGACACAUGAAGGACCGUACGCUUGUUAUGUACAAGAAGCGUGAUGGCCUGUCGUCGACGUUCAAGAUUCUGGAACCUGUUCUGCAGAAAUCUGCCUCAAGUCGAAGUCGAUUUUUCAGUUCUCGCCGAUCGAACACUGAGUUUUUCCGUGAAUAUGACGAGUUCUACAUCCCCGCCGAGAGUUACGGCAUUAACCUGUUCCAUUCGUCCCUUGCUAUAUCGACCCAGAAAGGCAUCGAGAUUCUAACGCUCGAUAAAAAACAGACUUGGUCUGUCCCUGAGUUCCGCACCGACGCCCAGGAAGCCCAGGCUCACCUCAGUGAGAUUGGCCGCCGGAUUAGUGGUCUUCGACCGCUGGGUAUGUUCCGUCUCAGCGACACGGAGUUUCUGGUUACCUACACCGAGUGUGCGGUUUACGUCAAUCAGCACGGCGACGUCUCUCGCAGUGUGGUCCUAGAAUUUGUCGGUCGCGCUCACUCGGCUUGUCUUUACGGCAAGUUCCUGAUUCUCUUCAACGACGACUUUGUCGAGGUCCGCAACGCCAUGAAUGGUCGGUUACGCCAGGUCAUUCCCGGCCACAAUGUUGUCUGCCUUGAUGAUGGUAGCCGCCUCCCUGGCUCGGGAGUGAACAGUAUACCAACCAGCUCUGGCGACACCGUCAAUCUCUCCAGUGGCAUCUCGAAUGGAGCUCCGUUGGCUAACCAAGGCCGCACGGUCAAGAUUUGCAUGCAGCAUCCUCACUACGCGCGGAACCUGGUUGUCCUUGAGCUUAUUGAGAACGAGGGCUCGAAAGAUUAA